AUGGAGGCAUGCACAAGUAAGAGCUCGCUGCUGCUUCAUUCGCCGUUGCGAACGAUUCCAAAGCUUCGACUAUGCACGACCAUCAGUAGUGAAGAUGUUGCAUACGGAAGAUGCAAUCUUACGGAUCAACAUCUUCAAAUCGAAGGAAAGAACUACUCAAAGAACACAUUCGACCACAUCUUCAGAACAGAUGCCACCCAAGAUGAUAUGUAUUCUGCAUUCCUCUCGGAUAUGAUCAAUUCUGUAUUUGCUGGUAAUGAUGCGACAGUAUUGGCAAUGGGUGCCAAAGCAAAUGGAAAAGACGAACGACUCUACGGGAACAGUGUAUCAAGAAACGGGUUGAUUCAAAUGGCAAUCACUCAACUAAUGAAUGCUAUUGAUGAUAAUAAGGAUCCAGAAGAACGAAUUCAAGUUCGAAUGUCUGCUAUCAUGGUUUCACAAAAAGACUCUUCGAUUGUUGAUUUGUUGAGUCCAUUCAAUGAUCCACGUCAUCGAGUAGUGAAAUUAGUGGAUGAUGCACGAACGGGCGUUUUCCUUGACAACGAGAGUGAAAUUCGCGUCGAGACGAUUGAUCAAGCCCUAUUCUAUUUGAACACCGCGGUGGAUCACCGACUGAUUCAAGAUGAGCAAACACAUCGAACUAGCCACGUCUUCAUCUCACUGAGUUUGUAUUCGUAUAAAAUGGGUGAUAAAAUGCAAGGAGGACGUCGAAGGCUGUGCUUCUUGGAUAUGGGAAUCGGUGAGAGGAAUUCGACAAACGGAGGAAUGACCAUGCCUGCACUGGGAAGUAUUCUGUUGGCGAUGGUGCAGAGGAAUAAACAUAUUCCAUCUAGGGACUCGUCGGUGUGUCAACUCAUUCGGUGUGCGCUGAGCACUUCAAGAUUCACAACGUUCCUUUUUUCGUUUGGAUCCAAGAACGACGACAACGAGAAUAUUGCUCAUUUGGCUUGUAAAAUUGCGAGAACGAGAGUGAAAAGUGUCAUGGGACACGGAAGGAAACCAUCUGGGACAUUCUCAUCUGGAACUAUGGAUUCAAAUGGAUCAUCAUCGUCUUUCGGAACAACUACAAUCACACCGGGAGGAACUCCUCGAACACAAAGAAGAUUUGAACUAGAAUCUGGUUCAGAAUUGAGUGCAGCUGAAACUGUCAUAUUUUUGGGGCCGAGUUGUUCACGGACUACAUCACCUGCAUCCACAACAAUGCCGUCUACACCAACAUCAAUUCGACCACUUCAUCGGACAACCAGGAAUCACAGUGGCGUCGAUCCAGUCAGCAAACCUUUGAGUGUUGAGACCAAGUCGUCUCCAACACACAACUGUCACGACGGUUGUAUCCAUUCGAUCCCGCCCAUGCUACGCGGACACACUCCAUUCCUUUCUCCUCAUCUGAAACUGUACGACGAGUUGUGCUCUCCACCAAACUCCUCGUGUGCAUCACCUGUUCUCUCGGCUCCAAACGCAUUUGGUGGAAAGACUGCAGAGAGACGCGACGAUUUUGGAAUCAUGAUUGCUCAACCACAUAUCCCGUUGAUGAAGGCCAAAUCCAAGUACAACUUGGACGAUGGCAAAAUGAAGCAAAUAAUGCAAUGGAUGGAAACAUCAGAAGCGCCUCCAAUCCUUUUUUCUUCUCCCUGCUACGAAAAUUCAGCGACUAGUCUCGAUGAACUCCGAGAAUGCGUUGGAAUUCUGUCACAUCCCUUAGAAGAUAUCAUCGAACAAGAAGAAGAAUCCAUGAGAACUUCCACAGCUACAACAGGCGGUUCGAAGAAAGAUCAUCCACUGAGAAUCUUGAGCAAACAAGACCUGAACAUAGACUCAGAGGCAAAAGAUAAAGACGAAACUGAACUGGAACUCGUGAUGGCUGCCUCGUUGUCUUCGAUGCGUUCUCAUGAUAUUCUGGCAAAGUUGGAAGCGAUGAGAAAUGCACAAAGUGGACAGAAUGGGCAGAAUGGAAAUAUUGGAACGUCUCAAUCCAAUACCGAUAUGGAUGUAUCGGAGAUGGAUAUGUAUAGAAGAGCAAGUCAUCUGGAGGAAUAUGCAAUGCAAAGAGUGCGGGAGAUCGAGGACAAUAAGAUGAAGAAUAAGAAAAAAGUAAAAUUGGGAUUGAAUUGUUGCCAGCAACAAAGCAUGAUCUCUUCUGGAAGUACUGUCGUUGAUUGGAGUCAAAUCGAAAGAAAGAAAGAACGAGAAAAAGAUGCUAUGGAGGAGGAGAAACGAAAGGAAGUUUUGAGAGAACGAAGAGCAAAACUCAAAAUUACGGAGCUUGAAAUUAAGAGAGAACGAAACAUGAUUGACAAGGAACUGGAUGAUAAAAAGGGCAUCGCCAACUCGAUUGCUCGUCAACUCCAACACUUUUCCUUGUCACCAUGUCGUGGUGGAAGGACCCAUCGAUCAGUGUCAACGCAUCGAAUCGAUCCUCCGAAUGCUUCUCUUCCAUCGACUCCAACUAUGUCUCACAAGAAAAUGAUUGGAGGAAGUCUCGCGAAAUUGAGUGCAUCUGGAGCUUCUGGAUCUGGACCACCAUCCUCUCCAAGUCUUGGAUAUCAUCAGAGUUUGCCACGACAUUCGAAACUUCCAACGGCGGUGAAUGGAAGACGUUCAUCGGCAGAAAGAGAUAGGAAGACAAGCAAGAAUUCAAGAAAUGCCAGCUCGAAAGAAAGACGGUCGAGUGGAAGUAAAGAGGAGUUACAAUGGAGAAGUCCUUAUGCUCAGAUGACAUCUCCAAAGACAUAUGGAGGACCAGGAACAUCAUCUUCUGGAAGAGGAUCAAGUGCUCCUGGAUCUGACUUCGAAACUCCAGUUGUGUCGGCAACUGAGAAAACUGCAAAUGGAACGAUGCCAAGAUCGAAAAGACAGAGUUAUUCGGCUUCAUCUGGAUACGAAUCUGCUAAUGAUUAUCACAUUUAUGCAACGACAAACAAGAAAGCAAACAUUCUUGAAAAGAAACGAAACGAAGAAAAACUUUUCCUGGUCCGCCAGGCCGACGAAAUACGCCAUCGACAGUGGCAACUGAAAAAAGAGCUCGAAGAAGCGAAAAGAGCAAUCGGGCAAGAGGAGGAUGCAAAAAUGAUUGCCAAUUCCAGUGAUCAACGACUAAACGGGUUGAGUCGAACGACAAUGGUUGAUGCAAUGCUUCAGGAGAAUCGAAUCCUUGAGAAACGACUAAUUGCGUGUCGAAAUCAUUCAAUGCUUGUUACCACUUUUAUCUAG